UCAUUAGGCUGGUUGUCCAAAAAUAAAAGAUCAUUUCUCUUUGUAUAUGUGGUAGAAUGAUCGGUCAUACCUGCUUAACAGAGAGACCAUUAGACAUUGAAAAACAACUUUAAAAAAUAAAUUUUAUUAAAAACAGCCUGUCAUCAAAAUGACCCAAAAACCAAUGCAGAUUGAAAUGUGAGCAUUCUUAAUUGGACUUCAGACUAAUACAGUGAGUUGGGAAGGGAACACUCUUAUCCCAAAGAGCCCUCUAUGAAACCCUUGUAUCCCAUACUGGAUUAAUGUAUACCAAUAAAAGGAAGUCCUGCCUUGUAAGCCCCUUCAAAGGGACUGUUGUGCCCAAAGAGAACAGACAAGUUGUAUCUACCUCCUGCCUGGUGUUGGGGCUAGUACUGAGGAGACCUAAACUGAAAACAGUGAGUUCAGUUAACCUGUCACCUUUAGUAAGUCAGUUAUAAGAUGGAUUAUGUGCUAAGGUGAGAAUCAAGGCAGACUUCAACCAGAGUUUGCGUUUAUAUAGUACCUGCUUAAGAAUAUGGCUGAAAUGAGAGUGAUUGCAAAGAACUGGUACCUUCCCAAGCUGUCCCUCUCUCUGUUGAGAGCUGAGCUAUUGUUUUGAAUACAAGAAGAAGCUUCAGAUAAGAGAACAAAUUUUAAUGAUUUUUUUUUAUCUCGAUGCAUUUAUCCAACAGUUUUUCAAAUACAUUCUAUGUGCUAGUGUUACACGGCUACCUGCAAAGCUCAGGUAGCCGUGGAAUUCCCCUCUUUAUCCUGUUUCUUGCAAACACACCAGAAAGAUUUCAGACAUGUCACUCAGAGUAACAAGCAUGAGUUUAUUAGAAAGGACAGGGAAAGGAAAAAGGUAACUGUCCUGAGGGAGAGAGGGCCCUCCCAAGAGGGGAGAAGGGUAGAGUGUGGUCAUGCACACCUGCAAUCCCAGUGAGAGGCUGAGGCAGCAAGAUCGCAAGUUUAAUGCCAGCCUGGGGAACUUGGUGAGACCCUAAGCAACUCAGUGAGAUCCUAUAAAAUAAAAAUAAAAAGAGCUGGGAAUGUGGCUCAGUGGUAGAGCACCCCUGGUUCAAUCCCCAGUACAAAAAGUGAGAGAGGAGGACAGUGUGCCCUUGUUGCCCUCCAGUUUUAUUGGGGGGAGGGGCCCCAAGGAACUUUGCAGAGAGUCCCACCCAAGUCCAUCCACUCAUUGACCUUUGACAGCAUAGGAACUGAUUGGACCUGCCUCCAGGAGAGGGUGGUGUGGUGCCCACAGAGUUGGAGUUUUUAAGGGAAUUGUGUCCCUCUUUUUGCCUCAGUUGUCUGCCCCCUUAAUCAGUUUAUUGCACUUUAAAUAACCCUCAGCAAGCUCUCUUCAUAAGGGUCUUGAUCUUUUGAUUGCCAGGGUGAUUAGGUGUGGGGACAGUGACAAGGGAGGGUGCAGACCACCUGAUCAGGUGUGACAUGAUCUUGAAUCAGUAGCUUUCCUUAAGAGGGUAUAAUUACAGCUGGGGGAGGUUUGGACAUUCCAGGCCUGGACUCCCAGUGCUGGUCUGUCAGAUGAGGCUCCCUGUGGUUUCCAGUCCCUUUGUUGUCCUUUUCCCACUCCCCACGCCUGGCUGACUAGCUGCCCGACACUAGGAGUACACAGCUCUGGCCACGCCCUGAGGCUCGCCAUGUUGUAGUAGUUUGUAGGUCAUAAACUUCUUUGGAUGGAUCUACUACGGACUUUUAUUAUUCUCUCACUUGCCUGCAUCAGAUGGAAAGACACUGUGAAGACUGCUCUGGUAGGCACAGAGCUAGUCAGAAGGGCCCUGGGGAAGCUCACACAGCAACUCACAUCCCGAUGGGUAGACAAGCUUGACGUUUAGCUGAAGAUGCAUGUCAACAGGAGGAAAGAAGGAACAUACCCACAGACUACCCCUAGGCCCCAAUGCCCCACUUAGGGAAGACAGCAAAGACUUAAUUGAGCCACAAAUAUACCACUAUGGGACUGUUAGGUGAAAAGUAUGGAAACAUCCGAAUCCCCGGAGAAGUGGAAGCCUCAGAAUUUGAAAUGAUUUUGGAUGCUGCCAUGGAGGCAAAGCUGGAGACCAAACUACUGGAAGAGUGGUACUGUCGGGAUGAGAACUCCGUGCCAGCAGCUUAUUACCUCAGACCUAAAUCAGAAAUGCUAAGGAGCAAUAAAAAUGCAAUGCAGCCUCCUGUCAAUGCCGAAAAUGAGAAGCCAUGGCAAGAGAUAUCUGAUGAGAUCAAGACAAUACUUAAAGCUGCUGUCAAGCUGUUACAUGAAAAGGGUAAAAUGAAACACAGCCAAGCUAAGAGGUACCUGUUCUCAGCUAUCGAGGAUGAGUUUGACUUUGCUCUAGGCAAGCAAACCCCAGCAUUCCUGAAGAAGUGUGUUUGCUACAUUAGAAAAAUCGCUAACAUUGAGCGCUUUGUGAAAAUCCCAGAGAUGGGAAAAUACAUGGAUAUAACUGGAGCAGAACCAAGGAUUAUUCGUGACCCAGAAGCUCAAGAGAAGCUGAUAAAACUCAGGGAUGAAUUUAUUCCUACUAUUGUCGCAUCAUCUAAUCUGAGAGUAUACACAUCUGUUACUCAUUGUGACAUGAAACUGGGCUAUUCCCAAGAAAUAGAAAAUCAUUACAUAGAAGGACUUGGUAAACAGUUUUAUGAAGACAUGAUUGAUAUAAUUCAGGCCACAGUACAGCAAAAUUUUGACACUGAAACUGAUACACUCUAUGAUGAAAUCCUUCAACAUUCGUCGUUAUGUAAAACAUAUGCCUCCUUCUAUGAGUACAAAUGUGAAGCUCUAAACAUUGUGCAUAAAUACAUUCUUCCAAGCAAAACUGGGCACAUCAACCCUCUUAUUGUAUAUGGUGGACCAUGCACUGGGAAAACCCUCCUGUUAGCUGAAGUAGCAAAGAAGGCUUAUGGCUGGCUACAUGAAGAAACAGGACCAGAAUCUGACCCAGUAGUCGUGGUGAGAUUUCUGGGAACGACGGACAUGAGUACAGACCUCAGGACCCUCCUUCUGAGUGUUUGUGAACAGCUGGCGGUUAACUACCGGUGCCUGGUUCAAAGCUACCCUAAAAAGAUCCAUGACCUUCGGGACUUAUUUAUAAACCUUUUGAAUGAGUCUUCAUUGCAGAGACCGCUGGUAAUAAUAUUCGAUGCCCUAGAGCAGCUCUCAGAGAAUGAGGAGGCCAGGAAGCUCUGGUGGCUCCCGGCUCACCUUCCCCGCUUCGUGAGGAUAGUUCUCUCCACACUGCCCAACAAACACGGGAUCCUGCAGAAACUUCGGUGCCUUAUCCAUGAUGAUGACAACUACAUCGAGCUGAUUCCCCGGGACAGGAAGAUGUGCAGCCAGGUCCUCAAACACCAGCUGCUGCGGGUCAAAAGGAAGGUCACAUCAGGCCAGCAGAUUUAUGUAAACAACGCGUUCUCCAAGUGCACGCUGCCCAUGUUUGUGAACCUGACCUUCAGGGAGGUGAGACAUUGGAGAUCCCACAAAGAUGUCGAUGAAUCCUCCCUCUGUGUCACUGUUCAUGAAAGCAUAGAGCAGUUAUUCUGGUCCUUGGAGAAGAAAUGUGGCCAGAAACUGAUCUCCAGGGCUCUCGGUUACAUCACCAUGGCCAAAAUGGGUUUGAGCGAAAUGGAACUGGAAGAUGUGUUAGCUCUGGACAACAGUGUCAUGAACGAGCUCAAUGAGAACACCAGGCCCAGCAAUCCCCUGAGAGUACCUUAUCUGUACAUUGCAAGGCUCAAGGAGGGUCUCAGUGGAUAUUUAAUAGAAAGACACGUGAAGAAUGUCACCCUCCUGGUCUGGGCUAACAGACACCUGCAACUCAUAGCCCAGAAACUCUAUCUGCAGGAUGACAGCAACCUGCGUGAAAUGCACACCAUCUUGGCUGAUUAUUUUCUGGGGGUCUGGUCAGGGGGCAGGAGGAAAGCUUUCUGCCUUGAAGACCCCUAUUUGAAUGGCUGCCUUGACUUGGAAAGCAGAAGCCUGCUGGAGGAAGAAAAGCACUUCAUGGAACAGGCUUCCUUUGACAGGCAGGCCCCUGAUCAGCCCUGGGUUUUCCAGUGCAAUCCACUGGAGCCCGACAUCUUUUUCGUCAAUCACCGGAAAAUGUCUGAGCUGUUGCACCACCUGACAAGGUGUGGAAAAACUGAUGAUCUGCUUUAUGGCAUCAUCAUGAACUUCAGCUGGCUUUACACUAUGAUCAAAAUUGGCCAGUUUGACAAAGUGCUUUCAGACAUCGAGCUGGCUUACAACUACUCCCAAGAGAAGGAGCUGAAGUUCUUGGCCAGCACCCUCCGCAGCAUCAAAACCAAGGUUAUUGCAUUUCCUGGCUCCCUUUCAGCAGAGCUUCAACAGAGACUUCUGCCUGUCGUAAGCUCCCUGCCCAAACUUAGACACCUUCUUUUAGAAUGUGACAAGGACGGGCCCAAAUACUGCUCCAUCGUGCCAUUGCAUUCAUCCAUGGAUGUGACAUACAGCCCCGAGCGUCUUCCCCUAUCAUCCAGUCACCUGCAUGUCACGGAGAUUCUGCCUACCUGCAACCCCAGCACUGUCCUCACAGCUCUAGAAAAUGGUUCCAUCAGCACAUGGGAUGUAGAAACUCGCCAGCUACUCAGGCAAAUCACCACAGCCCAGUCCGUCAUCCUGGGCAUGAAGCUCACCAGUGAUGAAAAGUACCUUGUGGUGGCUACAACAAAUAACACCUUGUUGAUUUAUGACAAUGUCAAUUCUUGUCUCCUGUCUGAAGUGGAAAUCAAAGGGACCAAGCAUGGAAGUGGCUCCACCUACAUCAAUGGAUUCACACUGUCUGUCAACCAUGCCCUUGCCUGGCUCGAAGCCAGCAAGGAUGUCACCGUCAUCGAUUUGCUCUAUGGAUGGCCCCUUUACCAGUUCCACUGCUGGUAUGAGGUGACCUGUGUCCAGUGCUCCCUGGAUGGGGUAUAUGCUUUCUGUGGGCAGUACCUGAACACUACUACCAUAUUUCAUUUAGGGAGUGGAGAAAAACUUUGUACGGUGACAUCUGAGUUUUCAGGUGGAUUUGUGAAGUUUCUUCUUAUCUUGGACACAGCCCAAGAGAUGGUUAUGGUGGACAGUGAGGGAAGUCUUUCCGUUUGGAAUACUGAGGAUAUUUCCAACCCCCAACUGACCGAUGACUUUGACUGCCGAAGAGAAGACAGCGAAGUGGUCAGCAUUGAACUUUCAGAGGACCAAAGUGCAAUUCUGAUCUGCAAAGCUCUCAGCAUUGAGCUCUUACAUACCGGUGUGUGGAAGGUGGCUGAAAAGUUCAGAGCCAAGCACAACGAACGCUUUGUAUCGGCUGUGCUGUCCAAAAAUGGAGACUGUAUCAUCGCGACCAUGGAGAAUACUCCUGCUGUGUUUUUUUGGAGGCGGGAUACCGGACAAUGCAUGGCGAGCUUACAGGAAAUCUCAGGUACCAUAGUUAAGUUGGUGAAAUCUAGUCAUCACAACAUGCUACUGUCUUUAUCCACCAGUGGUGUUCUUUCCAUUUGGGAUAUAGACAUAAUUACAGCUAUGUCCAACAUAGAUAAGACUGGGAAACCUAUCCAAAGUCUGGUGUUGCCUGCUAGAGGGGAAAUCAUUUACUCCCUGGACGGCUCUGAUUGUGUUCAUAAGUGGAACUUCAGCAGUGGGUUCAUUGAAGCGGUAUUUAAGCAUGAAGGCAUAGUGGAACACUGUGUGUUAACAUCCGCUGGUGACAUAAUGGUGACAUCAGAUGACAAAAGCAGCCAGUAUGUCUGGCACACCAGCAGUGGGGAAAACCUCUUCCGAAUUAAUGGGCAGAGAAUCUCUCAGCUGCUGAUCACACACAAUGACCAGUUUGUGGUCUCCCUCUGUGAGGAGAAUGCCUCCAGGGUUUGGAGACUGGCCACAGGCCACAGGGUCUGCAACAUUCUCACCACUUUGCAAAACGCCUUUAUUACCUCCGCAAAUACCUUCGUGGUGGGAAUGACUAAAAGCAAAGUGUUGGCAGUCAGCCUGUGGACAGGAAGUAUCACCAAGAAGUUUUGCUGCGAAGAUGGAACCACCAUUGUGAAUUUUAAACUGAUCCCCGACUGUCCAGACAUCAUCGUGUUCAUCACAUCAGCGGAGACGGUGAACAUCUGGAGUCUGACAGAUGAAGUGAUCUGUCGCCGCGUCCAGCUUCCAAACAACUUCUUGAAAAAUCUGGAGGACUUUGAAAUUUCUCCCAAUGGAAAGUUAGGCAUUAUAUCUAGGGGAGAUGAAAAUAUCAACGUGCUGGAUUUACACAGUGGUAAAUUACGGGUAGUUCAUGCCUCCGGGGUCAUCUGGCGUCAGAGGCUGUCUCGGGAUGGUCGCUACCUGGUCUACAUUUGCUUCCGAAACGGGGAAGAAGAGGAAGAAAACGGUGCAAUAUCCAGCUUAAUUGUAAUGAGACUGGCUGAUGGCAAAAAUAUCGGUGCUUGUUCCCUUUACAAAACGCCAACUUUCCUGGCACUCUCUCAGAGGCACCUGAACAUCAUCGUGGGUUUUGAUGAUGGGAGUAUCGGGAUAUACACUGUAGUGGACCGUGUAGACGCUGCACUGAAAAUCAAAAUCGCCACUUCCAAUAGCAGGCAGAUUUUCAACAAUGCAACCCAGACAUCCAGGCCAAAGUCUAACAGUUACUGUUUUAAAGUAUCUGUGGAUUGCUUAUGGAGAGAGUCCACUGAGGUCUUUGCAAGAGACAGUCCCAUCACAGUCAGUGACUCCUCAGAGUCCAAUGAAGCGACACCCUCCAAGAAGCACAACUCUUGCUAUGCCCUAGAAUCCAGGGGUCACAGCUAUGCCCCUGAUAACUGACAAAAUGUCUCUCCCUCCCAGUGGAAAUACAUGAUCCGCACACAGAAGAAAAGACAGCCCAUCUUCUGUAUCUCAAAGGAUAACCUACUCCUUUCUUAAGAGACAGGAAAGAUGCUGGCAUUUCAGUGUCUUAUUAACAUGCUCAUGAAACAGAGGUGUGAGUUUGGUUUUGGGUGCCACCUUUUUGUCAAAGUGUAUCCAGGAAUGGAGGGAUGACAAAAUUUCUAGAAGUGGGAUUUAAAUCACUAUUUCAUCUGGAAGAGAGAGGAUAAAAGGUUUUAAAUUAGCUGUGUGGUAAGAAGUAUCAUAAUUCAUUCCAUUGAUUCAGAUGAGAGGGACUAGAGUUAUAUAAAUCAUUUGGACUGAAAUUAGUUCUACAAAGUCAAGUUGAAAUCAUGAAGACAAAGAACUGUUUAACUCCAAAUGUGUGAAACACAGCCUUAAUCUCUCUUUACAUUUUCCGAUCCUGACAACUGUGUAAACCUAGUCUGCAGAUGAAAGGUCUAAAGGUGCAAAAUCAUGUAACAAAUAUGCCCAGGUGUAUUCCCAGUUUCCCAAGAGACACAACAUAAAAUAUGAGACUGCAAACUGGACUGGGACCAGAACUAACUACCACUAUCACAGGGCUACUGAACAGGGGGAAUCAGUCUUUAAUAAAAUACAGUUCCAACAAUUGCAUGCAAGGGUUUCUCUGUAAUGGAGUAUAUGAUUUUUAAACUUCUUAUUCUCUGAGUUGCAAUAGAACACUUAAUAAGAAAUCACCAUCUUUUCACAUCUUUUUUUGAAAUGCAUAUUUGUGCUGAGUCUAAAGGAGAAUUACAGAAAGGGCAUUACAAAUUUGGUCAAAACACCUAUUUGUUCCUAUUGUCAUACUAACAAGAAUCUGUACUACUCAGUCAGUUACAUGGAAGCAUAAAUUAUUUCCUAAAUCCCUGCAGUAUAUCUUAAUAGAAAGCAAGCUUUGUUAACAUGCCAUCUCUGAAACACGGAUGACAUUUGCCUUACUCUCACUCCUCUUCUUUCCUGUGUUAAACGCAGAUAGAUGACCACAUACUCUGGGACAAACUGAAUAUGCCUGUCUUUGUGCUAAAAUACUCCAUAAAUCUUAAGGGUGUCCAAAGGUUCUCUAUUGUCCCUUGUUUGUAACCACUUUUCUUAUACACACCGUAUGUAUGCUUCUUUAUCUGUUACACUUCCAGACUGAGGAAUCUUCUGAACCUUUUAUAGUCUUACCAUUUCAAAGCAGAAGCUGGGAAAUGGUAUUAAAUAUUUUUUAAACUCUACUGUACCUAUUUAAAAAAAAAAUCUCAGAAGGCGAAAGUGAUAUAUUCCUUCCAUAUAUAUCGUACACAUGGCAUGUCCUUGGAUAACUUUUCAAAGGGGUCAGUAGAGGUGGUUCAGUAAGGUUUUCUUUGAACAGUGAACAAGGAACUGACCUGUUUCCGGUAAAGCUCUACCAUGAGCUCACCGUGGACACCUAGCAAGAUCUUUAACCUCACAGUGUGUUGCUUUUGUGAACUGCAAAAUAAAGUCAUGGGUUCUGCUGAAGCCCUGUUAGGAAUAUUGGAAUAAUAAUGUCUGGGAAAAAAAAAAGAGAGGCAACUUGAUUGUUGAUGCUAAUGGGGACAAAAAGUGACCUAACCUAUAGAGAAUCUAAGUCAACUGUAUUUCACUUUGGAAAGCAGUUUAACAUGUAAGCAUUCAAAGAUAUGAUUCAGAUAUGAACACCACAUUCCAUGGUGAAAGAUUUUUUUCUCUACAUUGCUCCUAGAUUAGCUUCCAGCCAGGGAGGUGGUAGCCCAGAGAGGGCUCAGACCCACAAAGGAUCACCUGGAGUAGAUUGUAAAAGUCAAUUGUAUGCUUUUAGCUCUUCAGGCAAUGCAUUCUUAUUGCUGUCACUAUCAGCUGGACCUCCAUACCAUACAUUUCUAAGAAUUAAAUGCCUAGAUGGAUUAAAUGUAGUGUGUGAAUGUUCUAUGUAAAAGCCAAUAGAGUAUAACCAGUGACUUGAAUGACUUUUCCUAACUCGUUUGCAACUGAUAGCUCAUAUUGAAUGUUUUUAUGUAAACUUUGUAUUGUUGGGAAGAAUUACCCAAUCAGAGAUUUAUAUUUUCAUAAAUGUUACAUUUAGUUAAAUUUUGUUACAGAGUUGUUACACUAGAAAAUUAUUUCAGUCUUCAAACAAUAUACAGUCUUGUGUAUGUAUCGUUUGUAUGAA